AUGCGGUCGUCCAGACUGUGUUCAGUGCGAAACGCAGCCAGAUUUAUUGCAUCAUCAUCUUCAACGAGUUAUUUCAAUGGAUAUAUACCAUUUGAAAAAUUUACCAAAUCAGUCACAUUUGAUGGUGAUUGCGGAAUACCUCAGGCGGAAUAUUCGAAUGCAGUAGUCGAAUCUGAAUACGGUAAUGGAGAGACGAUAACAGAAAGUGAAGAGGACAAAGGAACUGCUGAAGAGAAAAAGAACGAUAAUGAUAAGGAGAUCUUAAAGCUUGAGAGGAUUGAACGUGAAAAUGCUUUGAGUGAGGAAGAGAGAACUGAACGACGGGAUCAGUCGAACGAAAUUAAAAAUCAGGGUAAUCAACGGUUCGGUGAGGGCAGUUGGGAAGAAGCAGCUGCUCUUUAUACGAAAGCGCUCGAUCAUUGUCCGUUCGUUUACAGUUCUGAGAGAUCGAUAUAUUUAAGCAACCGAGCGGCGUGUUAUAUGAAGUUAGCUAAAUGGGAUGUAGCUAUUGAAGAUUGCACGGAAGCCAUUGAAUUAGGUGCCAAGAAUGACAAGCCGUUGGAAAGACGUGCUUACUGCUACGCUCAGACAGAGCAAGGUUAUGAGAAUGCCAUAAAAGAUUACGAGCAGCUGAUGAAAAAUAGUUCAAAGAAAGCAGUUUACGCCCAAAAAAUACUUGACCUACAACACGCCAUUAAUGAACGCAACGAACGUGUUAAAGAGGACGUGCUAGCGAAGCUGAAAGAUUUGGGUAACAUGUGCCUAAGGCCGUUUGGUUUAACAACGGAUAAUUUCAAAUUAGAAGAAAAACCCGAUGGUGGCUACUCGCUUUCGAUGAAGAAGUAA